UCCUACUCAUCCCACUUCCCCUCCAAAAACUCAACCAAAAUGUCGUUAAUGGCGUCAAUUAUUCUCCGAAAAUGUCGAAACCCUAACCGUAGAUUUCUAUUCCCAAGGCCGUUCUCGUCGCUACCGGAGAAAGGGAGCAUAGAGAAGAUCUUGGUGGCGAAUCGGGGCGAGAUCGCGUGUCGGAUCAUGCGGACCGCUAAGAGAUUGGGGAUCCGAACCGUAGCGGUUUACAGUGACGCUGAUCGCAAUGGACUCCACGUGAAAUCGGCCGACGAGGCGGUGAGGAUCGGGGAGGCGCCGGCGAGGGUUAGCUAUCUCAAUGGGUCGGCGAUCAUGGAGGCUGCUCGUCGAACUGGAGCUCAGGCUAUUCAUCCAGGCUAUGGGUUUCUGUCUGAGAGUGCGGACUUCGCCCAUCUUUGUGAAGCUGAAGGACUUAGAUUUAUUGGUCCUCCUGCAUCUGCUAUACGAGACAUGGGCGACAAGAGUGCAUCAAAGAGGAUCAUGGGUGCGGCUGGGGUGCCACUCGUACCUGGUUACCAUGGGGACAACCAGGAUACUGCCUUCUUAAAAUCAGAAGCUGAAAAAAUUGGUUACCCAAUAUUAAUAAAACCAACACAUGGUGGGGGAGGGAAGGGCAUGAGAAUAGUUCAAAAUGCGGAAGAAUUUAUUGAAGCCUUUCUGGGAGCAAAGCGUGAGGCUGCUGCUUCCUUUGGUAUAGACACAAUCUUGUUAGAAAAGUAUAUAACUCAACCAAGACAUGUUGAAGUUCAGGUGUUCGGAGACAAACACGGGAAUGUCAUACAUCUAAAUGAAAGAGAUUGCAGCUUGCAAAGAAGGCACCAGAAGAUCAUCGAAGAAGCUCCAGCACCAAAUGUUGCUAAUGAUUUCCGCUCUCACUUGGGUAAAGCUGCUGUUGCUGCUGCCAAGGCAGUUGGUUAUUACAGUGCAGGGACAGUGGAGUUUAUAAUGGACACCAUUUCAGGCCAAUUUUAUUUCAUGGAGAUGAAUACCCGCCUUCAGGUCGAACAUCCUGUAACCGAGAUGAUUGUUGAUCAAGAUCUUGUAGAGUGGCAGAUUAGAGUUGCCAAUGGAGAACAUCUGCCCUUAACUCAGUCAGAAGUUCCCUUGAAAGGGCAUGCAUUUGAAGCUCGAAUAUAUGCUGAAAAUGUAGCUAGAGGUUUUCUCCCAGCAACUGGAACCCUGCAUCAUUAUCAGCCAGUUUCUGUUUCACCAACAGUUCGAGUUGAAACGGGUGUUGAAGAGGGAGACACAGUCAGCAUGCAUUAUGAUCCCAUGAUAGCUAAGCUUGUUGUAUGGGGUGAAAACCGUGACGCAGCAUUAGUCAAAUUGAAAAACUGCCUGCAGAACUUUCAGGUUGCAGGAUUACCAACAAAUAUCAGUUUCCUCCAAAGUCUUGCAGACCAUUGGGCUUUUGAAAAGGGUCUAGUUGAAACACAUUUUAUUGAGCACUUUAAAAAUGAUCUGUGUGUCGACUCAACUGAGAAAGUUGCAGAAGAAACAUAUGCUUCUGCCAGACUUGGUGCAAGCAUAGUGGCUGCCUGCAUUUGUGAAAUGGAUCACCUUGCUUCGUCAGAAACUCCCUUGGCUUGUAUAGGUGGAAAUACAUUGCAGUCCCUUUGGUAUUCUCAUCCACCUUUCCGUAUGCAUCAUUCUCCCAAGCGCAAAAUGGAACUUGAGUGGGAGAUCGAAUCUGCUGGUAGUUGUGAGGAGCUAUUCAAGCUUGUCAUUACCUAUCAGCCUAAUGGAAGCUAUUUUACUGAGAUUGAAGAUUGUGAUUUCCCUGGUUGGAAUAUUAAAGUCACUCAUCUGGGAAAUCAUAAGUUCAGGGUUGAUGCUGAUGGAUUUAGCACCUAUGUUACGCUGGCACUUUAUUCCAAGGAGGACAGCAAACACAUACAUCUAUGGCAUGACAAACAUCACCAUCACUAUCGACAAAUUAUGAAACUUAAUCAAUAUACUGAUGAUGAGUCCCACCACAAACCUGUCCUUGACAUGGGCAAUCGUCCUAAAGGUAGUGUCGUGGCACCUAUGGCUGGUUUGGUUGUCAAGGUUUUGCUGGAGAAUGGUGCAUUAGUGGGGGAAGGCCAGCCUGUUUUGGUUCUUGAAGCAAUGAAAAUGGAGCAUGUUGUCAAGUCUCCUCGUGCUGGAUAUGUAGAGGGGCUUCAGGUUUCUCCUGGUCAACAAGUCUUUGAUAGCAGUGUUCUUUUCACUAUUAAGGACAAAUGAUGAUGUCGAUGUUUGAAACCUCAUUCAGUGUGGAAACAUGAUAUUCAAGCAGAAGCAAAUCUAAGCACGCCCCACCGAGGAAAUGGUGCCAAUUCCUUUGCUGAUAUAUUAACGCGUUAAUAUAUGUAUCAUGUAAUUAUAACCUCUGUAAUAAUAAAAAUAAAAGCCUAGUUCAUCUAUCUUUUUGUGCGCAUACGCCGCUCAACUUGACUCUCUCUUCUCCCGAAUUUUAUUUGUCUCUUGGUUAGCUCAAUGAGCAAGUGGCUCGGUAUAGCUAUGUUUGCUGGAAUAUGUCCAAGACCUUGAUGAGACCAUUUGAGUGCGAAUAAAGCUAGGUACCAUAA